AUGGCAGAGAACGACCCCUUUGGGGAUUUCGAUCCCGACAACAUCGUCGGCAGUGCUCUCAACAUGAGUAACCAAGGCACCGCCCUCGAUACCCCGCCGGCGUCCCUGUCGGGCAUGGUAUCGACCCUGGUACCAGUCGCCGUCACCGCCGGGGUCUAUUUCCUCAUCUUCCUCAUUCUGCGGAAGAGCCACAGGCGCUUCUAUGCCCCUCGCUCCUACAUAGGCAGCCUCCGCGAGAAUGAGCGCACACCUGCACUACCAGGCGGCUUCUUAAACUGGAUCGUCCGUUUCUGGAAGAUCCCCGACAGCCUCGCUCUCCAGACCCAGUCUCUGGACUCCUACCUGUAUCUGCGCUUCAUCCGCAUGACGGUUAUCCUCUGCUUCGUGGGAUGCUGCAUUACUUGGCCCGUCCUCUUUCCGGUCAAUAUUACCGGUGGUGGUACCUCGGCACAGCUCGACGUUCUUUCGUAUUCGAAUAUCGACCCUAAAACCCAAGGCAACCGCUACUAUGCGCACACCUUUGUCGCUUGGGCCUACUACGGCUUCGUCAUGUACUUGAUCUUUCGUGAAUGUGUAUACUACAUCAAUCUCCGCCAAGCUUUCCUCAUCAGCCCAUUCUACGCUAACCGCGUGUCGUCGAGGACCGUCCUUUUCACUUCGGUUCCCGAUGACUUUUUGGAGGAGAGAGUAAUGCGCAAGAUCUUCGGCAACUCAGUCAAGCACAUCUGGAUCAACAGCGAUAUCAAGGAAGUCGAGAAGCUCGUCGAGGAGCGGGACAAGGUAGCGUUCAAGUUGGAGAAGGCCGAGGUCAAGCUCAUCAAGCUCGCCAACAAGGAGCGCAUCAAGGCCACCAAGGGCGCACCGGAGGAGAAUGCUCACCCUCCACUGGACGCCGAGUCCGGGAGCGUCGCCAGCAGAUGGGUCCCUGCCAAGAAGCGACCUUCGCAUCGCACUGGACCCCUGGGGUUGAUUGGCAAGAAGGUCGACACUAUCGACUGGUGCCGCUCCGAGCUUGCCAGGCUUAUCCCCGAGACAGAGGCAGCGCAAGCCAAAUAUCGCUCUGGUGGCAACAAGAAAAUCCCUGCUGUUUUCAUCGAAUUCAAGAGCCAGGCCGAAGCUGAGACGGCUUACCAAGUCCUCGCCCAUCACACAGGCCUCACAAUGUCUCCUUCCUACAUCGGUAUCACCCCGAAGGACGUUGUCUGGAGCUCUUUGUCCGUGUCCUGGUGGCAAAAGCUGGUUCGCCGGUAUGCUGUCCUCGCGUUCAUUACCGUAAUGAUCAUCUUCUGGGCUAUUCCUGUCGGUGUCGUCGGUAUCAUCAGCAACAUCCAGUACCUCGAGACAUUGUCCUUCUUGACAUGGCUAAAAGACAUCCCGGAUAUCAUUAUGGGUGUGGUCACCGGCCUCCUCCCCUCUGUCGCACUCGCAAUUCUCAUGUCGUUGGUUCCCAUCGUCAUGCGACUUUGCGCGAAGCUGUCGGGAGAGCCUUCGUACUCGCGGAUCGAGCUGUUUACUCAAAACUCGUAUUUCGCAUUCCAGGUUAUCCAGGUCUUCUUGAUCACGACGGUCACUUCUUCUGCUUCGGCGGUGGGUAAACAGAUUCAGGAGAACCCAGCGAGCGUCACUACGAUCUUGGCAAACAGUCUUCCCAAGGCGUCCAACUUCUACAUUUCUUACUUCAUUGUUCAGGGACUAACUAUUGCUUCGAGCGUCAUUUCUCAAGUGGUUGGCUUUGUCAUCUUCAACAUUCUUUACAGAUUCAUUGCCGGCACCCCUCGCGCCCUCUACAACAAGUGGGCAAAUCUCAGCGCGAUUUCCUGGGGAAGCACCUUGCCCGUAUAUACCAACAUCACAGUGAUUGCCAUCACAUACGCAGCAAUUGCUCCACUGGUCCUAGGCUGGGCCACUAUUGGGAUGGCCUUGUUCUAUUUUGCUUGGCGCUACAACGUUCUCUUUGUUACGGACACUCAGGUUGACACACGAGGUCUCAUCUACCCCCGAGCGCUGAAGCAGCUGUUCGUUGGCGUCUACUUGAGUGAGCUCUGCUUAAUCGGUCUUUUUGGCGCCUCCGUCGCCAUUGGGCCCCUGGUGCUCAUGAUCGCCUUCCUCGUCUUCACAGUACUCUUCCAUCUCAGUCUCAACCAGGCUCUGGACCCACUUCUGUAUAAUCUUCCCCAGAGCCUCAUGGCUGAGGAAGAGCAACGCCGAGCAGGCUUGGAAGCGACAGUGAGCAACGAGAAAGCCGUGGCCAACGGUUCGGGCUCUCCUACACACUCUCCGGGCGGCCAGCCAAAGAAGGGCAAUUUCAUCAUCAAGUUCUUCAAGCCCUGGAUUUACGCCGACUACUUCACACUCCGGUCAUACUUGCCGGAGCGUGACAUUAACUUUGGCCUGACAGAGAAGUUGGAGGCUGAGGCGUAUCUUCCAUCUGUUGUCACGUCUCAGCCCCCGUUGCUUUGGAUUCCACGCGACAAGGCCGGCGUGUCGGCCCAAGAGGUUGCGCACACGGGCAAGGUGAUCCCGAUCACCGACGAGGGUUGUGAACUAAACGACAAGAACAAGCUCGAGUGGGAUCAGGAUGGCGCGAGGCCGCCUGUUUGGGAGGAGAAGAUCAUCUACUAA